GUACACUGCAAGUACCUAAGGCCCAAGAAGAAAAGAACGAAGCAAAUUGGGGAAAAAUCAUAUCAAAUACGGAGUAAUCAUCAAUGAAUCACCACUGCUAGGGUUCAAGCAGCUGAGCAACCAAACCAUCAUGAAAUUGGCCUCUCUCCAUAGCAUCCAGAACGCACACGACGACUCCAUAUGGACGGCGGCGUGGGUCGGACCUAACGACGGUGCUCGGCCGCUCCUCCUCACCGGCGGACUCGACGAGACUGUGCGCCUCUGGGACCCGGAGAGGUACACUUCUGUCAGAACCAACACUGGACAUUGCCUUGGCGUCGUUUCCGUGGCCACCCACCCCACCCGCAGGAUCGCUGCUUCAGCGUCUAUAGAUAGCUUUAUUCGUGUCUUCGACGUCGAUUCUAACCUAACCAUUGCCACUCUUGAAGCUCCUCCAUCUGAGGUCUGGCAAUUGUCAUUCAAUCCAGAGGGUAGUGCUCUGGCUGCAGCCGGAGGCGGCAGUUUAUCAAUCAAACUGUGGGACACCGCCCAAUGGCAACACAUUAUCGACCUAUCCAUCCCUCGUCCGGAAACCUCUAAGUCGUCUUCAGAGAAAAGCGGCACGAAGAAAUUCGUCCUCUCUGUUGCGUGGAGCCCAGAUGGAAGACUGAUCGCCUGUGGUUCAAUGGACGGAACUAUCUCUGUCUUUGAUGUCCCACGUGGCAAAUUCUUGCACUUCUUGGAGGGCCAUUGCAUGCCAGUACGCUCUCUUGCAUUCUCACCUUCCCUACACGAUUCGCGGCUACUCUUCUCUGCCUCUGAUGAUGGGCAUGUCCACAUGUACGACGCUCAGGGGAAGGCCUUAAUCAUGCCUCUGUCUGGCCACUCCAGUUGGGUCCUCAGUGUUGAUGUGUCCCCUGAUGGGGGAGCCAUUGCAACCGGAUCGAGCGAUAAGUCGGUCCGGUUGUGGGACCUUAAAAUGAGGGCAGCCACUCAGAUACUGACAACACACACGGACCAAGUCUGGGCGGUCGCUUUUGGACCGUCCGAGAAAACCGACCGCGGGUCUUGUAUGCUCACCAGCGUGUCAGAUGACAAAAGCAUUGCCCUCUACCUCUACUCCUAGUUGAUCGAUUGGUUGCCUUCAAAGGAGGUCUGUUUGUCCACAAUCCUUUUUUUUUUCUUUUAUUGGGUGUACAAUCUCACAGUCAGUCCUUUUGCAGUGUGGUUUCCAUCCUUUGUUUUUUUGAGGGUUUUAAAAUGCAAUUGAUACAAAAGGGUUUUGGAUUACUAAAGCUUUCAUCAAAUAGUAGGGUGGGACAUGUAAGAGCUAUUUUAAUUCAAGAUUUAGUUGUAUCACUCAUCUCCCUAUGGGAGUGUUAUAGCAAAUAUACCUUCCAAAACAACACUAUGGAGGAGAUUUUAGCAUAUAAGGUAUCCCUUAGUCCCAAUUCG